ACCUCCUCCAUCCUCUCCAGCCCGGCGGCGGCGGUGACUCGGGGUCUGGACGCUGAUGCCACCGGACGGGCGGGUAUGGAGGCGGCGCGCUGCGCACCGGGACCCGGCGCGGACAGUGCCUUUGAAGAUGAGACACUGAGGCUUCGACAGCUGAGGCUGGACAAUCAGAGGGCGCUGCUGGAGAAGAAGCAGAGAAAGAAGCGCCUUGAGCCACUUAUGGUACAACCAAACCCAGAAGCCAGGCUGCGACGGUUAAAGCCGCGAGGUGGUGAGGAGCACACGCCUCUGGUGGACCCUCAGACGCCUCGAAGCGAUGUUAUCCUACAUGGCAUUGAUGGUCCAGCUGCUUUCCUUAAGCCAGAGGCUCAGGAUUUGGAAAGCAAGCCUCAUGUUCUCUCAGUGGGCUCCCCGGGCUCCCCUGCUCCAGAAGAGGGCACUGAAGGAGGUGCAGAUGGGGAAAGCCCUGUGGAGACUUCCCCGAAGCCAGACCUUCAGGAGAUUCUCCAGAAACACGGCAUCUUGGGUAGCGUGAACUACGAUGAGGAGACUGACAAUGAGGAAGAGGAAGGGGACAAUCUCAGCUCCCCGUCAGCUCAGUCAGAAAGAGAGAGUUCCGCAGCCAGCCAGAAAGUAGCCUCGGAGACAGGGGCUUCUGGUGUCACAGCCCAGCAAGGGGAUGCCCAGCUUGGAGAAGUGGAGAAUUUAGAGGACUUCGCAUACAGCCCUGCCCCUCGGGGUGUCACAGUGAAGUGUCGGGUAACCAGGGAUAAGAAGGGCAUGGACCGUGGCCUCUUCCCUACCUACUAUAUGCACCUGGAGAAGGAGGAGAAUCGCAAGAUAUUUCUUCUUGCUGGUAGGAAGCGGAAAAAGAGCAAAACAUCCAACUACCUGGUCUCCACAGACCCGACAGAUUUGUCUCGUGAAGGGGAAAGUUACAUUGGCAAGCUCAGAUCCAAUCUCAUGGGGACCAAGUUCACAGUGUAUGACCAUGGUGUCAACCCAGUCAAGGCCCAGGGUCUGGUGGAAAAGGCCCACACCCGCCAGGAGCUGGCCGCCAUCUGCUAUGAAACCAAUGUACUGGGUUUUAAAGGUCCUAGGAAAAUGUCUGUGAUCAUUCCGGGGAUGAAUAUGAAUCAUGAACGCAUCCCAUUUCGGCCGCGAAAUGAACAUGAGAGCUUGCUUUCAAAGUGGCAAAACAAAUCCAUGGAGAACCUGAUUGAACUGCACAACAAGGCCCCGGUGUGGAGUGACGACACCCAGUCCUAUGUCCUCAACUUCCACGGGAGGGUCACUCAGGCGUCAGUGAAGAACUUUCAGAUAGUCCAUGGAAAUGACCCUGACUACAUAGUCAUGCAGUUUGGACGUGUGGCUGAUGAUGUGUUCACACUGGACUAUAACUACCCACUGUGUGCACUUCAAGCCUUUGCCAUCGGACUGUCCAGCUUUGACAGCAAGCUGGCAUGUGAAUGAGAAGCAGCAAGUAGGAAACUUCCACACCACAGAGCCUUCAGGAGCAGAAAGCAGCUGCCCUUGACCUGCCCCAGCACAAGAAGAGCAACAGUCUGCUCCUUUCGGGGAUGAUCGAGUGUGUGUGAAUGUGAGUGUGUGCGUGU